UGAGAACGAGGAGCAGACACCCGAAGUGGGCGGCCCAAAGCUGCGGGGACUACCGGGGACACACCGAGAGCACGCACCGGGGACACACCGAGAGCACGCACCGGGGACACACCGAGAGCACAUCGCACGCGGAGAGCCAGGCGAGAAGCAGUCAUGGCGUCCUGCAGCAGCGAGGAGGACCGCAGCCUCCGGGAGUGCGAGCACUACGUCCAGAAACACAACAUCCAGCAGCUCCUCAAAGACUGCAUCGUCCAGCUGUGCACGGCCCGGCCGGACAGACCCAUGGCCUUCCUCCGGGAGUACUUUGAGCGGCUGGAGAAGGAAGAAGCCAAACAGACCCUGAACCAGCAGAAAUCCGGCUCGCGCUCGGACUCCCGCGAGGAUGAGAUCUCCCCUCCCCCUCCCAUGAACCCCGUGGUGAAGGGCCGCAGGCGCCGGGGGGCCAUCAGCGCGGAGGUGUACACGGAGGAGGACGCUGCGUCGUACGUGCGCAAGGUCAUCCCUAAAGAUUACAAGACGAUGGCGGCUCUGGCCAAGGCCAUCGAGAAGAACGUCCUGUUCGCUCAUCUGGACGACAACGAGAGAAGUGACAUCUUCGACGCCAUGUUUUCCGUCACUUACAUAGCGGGAGAGACCGUCAUCCAGCAGGGCGAUGAAGGCGACAACUUCUACGUGGUGGAUCAGGGAGAAAUGGACGUCUAUGUGAGCAAUGAAUGGAUGACCAGUAUCGGCGAGGGCGGCAGCUUCGGGGAGCUGGCCCUGAUUUAUGGGACUCCGCGAGCCGCCACGGUGAAAGCCAAAACCAACGUGAAGCUUUGGGGCAUCGACAGAGACAGUUACCGGAGGAUCCUCAUGGGCAGCACGUUGAGAAAGAGGAAGAUGUACGAGGAGUUCCUGAGCAAGGUGUCCAUUUUGGAGUCUCUGGAUAAGUGGGAGCGCCUGACCGUGGCCGACGCUCUGGAGCCCGUGCAGUUUGAGGACGGGCAGAAGAUCGUGGUGCAGGGCGAGCCCGGGGACGAGUUCUUCAUUAUCCUGGAGGGUACGGCCGCCGUGCUGCAGCGCCGCUCCGAGAACGAGGAGUUUGUGGAAGUGGGCCGGCUGGGGCCCUCCGACUACUUUGGUGAAAUAGCCCUUCUAAUGAACCGGCCUCGAGCAGCCACCGUGGUGGCCCGUGGCCCUCUGAAGUGCGUCAAGCUCGACCGUCCACGCUUUGAACGGGUCCUGGGGCCCUGCUCCGACAUCCUGAAGAGAAACAUCCAGCAGUAUAACAGCUUCGUGUCGCUGUCCGUCUGAACCUCCGCCACCCUCCUGCUCUCCCGGCCAGCACACCGCUUCACCCUCGCACAUCGCUUCUCCUCCACGCCGUCACGGCCGCGCCACACCACGCCGGCCUUUUUAAAGAGCUCUCUUUUCUACUUCCUCUUAACCCAUUCGCUGCUGGAAUGGGGGUAAUAAGGUGCAGUCCACCAGGAAGCCAACUGAACUAUUGGCGGUGGUAGGUGUUACAUCAGAGUUUGGUGGUUGGUGUGCGUGGUGUCUGGGGUGACCUCUCUUAUUUUAAGUAACGAGCGAGGAAGAGGUUUUAUUUGCCAGUAGAAUUUAGACGUUUUUCCUUCUUCAUGGGGUAAUUCUUAUGAGCCACGAACCCUUUAUCUGCUGGUGGCUUCUAACUGUGAAUGGCGCAGGUCGGAAGGUGCGUGUUCCCUCUGAAUAUUAACCCGUCGGGGAAUAGAUUGGGCGACGAACGCGUUUCUAGAACUUUAUUUGCUGAUCAGGCGUAAGAGGCAGACAUGUUACGUGCAUGCGCAAUGUGAGCCGGAACGUGGCACCGUGCUUUAUGGCAGACGCCGCACAGCAGGCCCUGCCGGUAAACGCUGCAGGCACCCAGCAAACCGUUUAUAACGGUACGGCGUCUGCGGCCCCUGAGCACGAUGGU